GUUAAAAGCAGGUUUUGUAACGGGCCAGUGAUUUUACGACUACAGAGAGGAGUUAAGUUACAGGUAGCCGUUUAACCUUACGGCGUGACUUUUGUAAUGCCAUUUUAUGGUCAAAGACAACAACACAACUUCUGGAUGUCUAUCUCAAGAGUGAAGAAGGUUCCAGUUUGUUUUGUGGUCGCUUUCAUGUGUCUUAUUGUAACGAACUACCUGUAUAAACCCGAAAUGGUUGUGUUUCAAGAUGUACCGUCCAUACGUUACAUACCACAGCGAACGAGAAAUAUCGCGACAGAAGAUUUUCUGUCCGACAGCAUUUUAAAGUCCAAUUGUCAAAACAUUUAUCAAAAUAUAACAAACGGAAGGUGGCGAGAAAGAGCAUACGAUGGCGUUGCGAAAGAUAGGAAACGGUUAAAUGAACUGCAUCGGUAUUUCAGGCAAGAACACGAAGGUUUCAGUGCAGACCCGUACAGGUCUGACGGAAAAUGUGGUUUCAAAGUUCGCUGUUGUGGGUUUUUCCCUCUCACAAUAAAAACCGACGCAUCAGCAUGGUGUGACCCAGAUUCUGCUACUGCUUGUUGUAGCGACAAAUACAAUGGAAAAUGUGUAUCUACUGAUCUCUGCAUUGGUGCUAGCAAAAUAAACCUAGCGAAACACGUACAUGGCGAAAUUUCAGACUGAAUACCCGAAGACCCAAGGUGUAAGAUGGUUUUGCACGACCAAGGGUCUGCGUGUUCUUUGUUGAAAAAUGCCAAUGUAAAAUCCAUCGUUUUUGUUGGAAAUUCGUUGGUGCGGAAUCUAUAUUCUGCAAUGCUGGAUCUUUUAACGAAUAACUUUCGUAAUGGAAGCGUAAAGGCCAAGAACGUGGACACAGAGACGCGCGAAAGAUGCGUCAAUCAAAUAAGAGUUAUGGAUAGGAACUGCCUUGCGUACACUUUAGCAACUUCUAGCGAUGAAUUACCACCUCCAGGGAUUUGCAAUGGAAUGGUAAAGACGCGUAUUUCAUUGGAGUCUUUCUGGCGAGCUUCGUACGCUUUAGAAUUGCUUCAGUAUGUUAUAAGUAGAUUAGACGAGGAAGGGACCUACUUGUUCAUUGGGAUUGGUCUUCACGAUCAUAGCGAUUCAAAUGUUAUAACGCAGCAGUUCCUAAAGCCUACUCUCGAUGCAUUGAGGGGGCAUACUUGGCCCAAGGUUAGAUGGGUCACAACUGUAAAAUCCGGUAUUUUCAAGCCUGCUAAUUACGUGUCCCUGCACGGAGACGACGAAAAAAUAUCUAAGUUCGAUCGGGAGGUGGCGCAAUUUUGUGCUGGCUACGGGGUUCCGACUGUGAACAUGACUAAAGUCACUACUGGCGUUUGGAGCCAGGACGGCCAACAUUAUGGGCAAGGGGUUAACACUGUAAAAGCGCAAAUAUUAUUAAAUCUUAUAGCCGAAGAAUACAAAUAGCGCAUAACAUGGAAUUAGUAUUAAAGGUUGAACUUUUAGUGCUAUGGGGUAAGAUGGAUACCAUAUUAGCACAUAUGUCUCAUAUUUACCAAUCGUGAGGAUACGGUUGUAUAAUCAUUGAAUCAUUCUAUUUUUACUUCCAAAUGGAAAGAUAAAAUAAGUAGAAACAUUAAUCAUCUUACGUCUUACCCAAACCUACGAUACUUUUUUGAAGUCGGUAACGAAGAAACUUAACGAAAUUUAACUAUGCAAAUUGCAAAAAUCAAGCCAACUGUGCUAUUUCUUUUUUAUAUAUUGCAUGCUUCCAGCAGACACACUAUUGCAGCAGUGCAAAUUACCCAAUUCAGGAAACAAUGCUGCACUUUACGUAACAAUGCGAUUCCUUUUUAUGACCUAACACAUGAACGGGAAAAUGUUAACCUUUUAAAAUGGCAGGAAAGUUCUUGUUGGUGACAUAUUUGCUAGCUAUGCACUUGCGUGUAUAUGAGAUUACUCGCCCUUUUAACAUUUACUCUUAUUUUAUUUUAAACCUUUUAUACGUAUGUGUAUUCUCUUGCAAGAGUUGUAACGUAUUUUGUUACUAAUAUUUUACACCUAGGUUUAAAUACACAAAUCGUUGUCGA